AUGCCUGGAGAACUCCUGAAGCCUCGAUCGGGUACCCUGCCCCUAAAAUUCAUUAUAAUCGGGGGAAGUAUUGCGGGCUUAGCGGCUGGAUAUGCCCUCCGAAUGGGUGGCCACUAUGUGGAAAUUCUUGAACAAAGUGAUGGAACAGAAAGGUGCUUUGGGGGUAUUCGGGCACCUCCGAACAUGACCCGAAUACUAAAUGACUGGGGUCUACGUCCGCUCCUGGAUAAAGUCGGGGUGAAGUGCACCGAGUACGAUUUCUUCGAUGGGGAGACAGGAGAGCCUUUGGGAUUAGUGAGGAUGCAUGAGCAAAUGAUGGCGGAUCUCAUGGCGGAUUUCCUCUUCAUGCAACAUGGCGAUCUACGGCGCAUCUUGUUCGAUGCCGCGCUUCGAGCGGGAGUGGAGUUCAAAUACAGCAUGAAGGUCACAAAGGUUGACCCAGAUGCUGUCGCUGUUCACUUGGAAGAUGGGCAAGUUCGCAGCGCCGAUGUCAUUGUGGGGGCCGAUGGACAUGAAAGCAUCGUGCGCAAGUCGUUCAUGAAUCCUGACUAUGAAGAGGGGAUACAGGACAAGCACUUGGCUCUCAUUAUGGUGAUACCUGGGGAAGUCAUGGAGGCUCAUGAUGACCUGAAACCAUUAUUAACGACCCAGUGGACUCUGUGGUUGGGGGACAACUUCUUCGUCCACGGCUCAUCAAUUCAUUCAAAGCAAGGAUACAACAUCAACGCUUUCGUUCCCCGCAAGGGCCAACUCGCAAACUGCCAAGAAACCUGGCGCACCAGAUGUCGAGUUGAUGAACUUGACAUUGACAUGGAUCAAUUCGAGCCGAGGUUGCGGAAGAUGUUUUUAUUAGCGAAGGAAGUUAUACCAACGGCGCACACAAUACGACAGCCGUUCGACAACUAUGUGUCCGAUAGCUCUGGGAUUGUCUUGGUGGGGGAAGCUGCUCAUCCAAUGAUGCCAAAUAGUUCACAUAAUGCCUCUAUGGCCAUAGAAGACGCAGCGACGCUCGGCAGACUCUUCUCUCGGAUCCGGCACCAUGACCAAAUACCGCGAAUAAUGGCUGCCUACGAAGAGCUCCGUCAGCCCCGCUGCGCUGCGACUAUCGAGUAUGAAUGGCGCAAAAGGGUAUUCUUCACCCUUCCGAGAGGCGAAGCCCAGAUGGCGAGAAACGCGGGUCUGAGAGAGGCGAUGAAGAGGGAAUCGGAUGACUGGGAUGAGAUCGAUGAAGAUUAUCUUCAGUGGAAGUACGAGAGGGAGCUGGAAUUAUUCGCUCAUAAUGCCUUGGAGAUAGUCGACGAUUGGUGGACCAAGUGGGGUGCUCUCGUGAAUCGCUCCUCCAUAUUAAAUGGAAGCACGCACAGUGGACAUCCUCCUCCAGUCGAAAUAUCGGUGCUACAGAAUGGACGAAUACAUUAG